AUGGCUAUUAUAUCGAAGAUCAAAAUUUAUAGGUCUCCCUUGAGUUCUUCUCCAUAUUUCUCCAAAUCCUAUUCGAAUUUAAAUGGUUUUAGAAGAACCCAUUUGAGAUUUCAGUCUUUCGUACCCUCUAACUCUAAGGCAAUCAAAUGGGAGAAUUUCGUCAAAACAGGGGAUUUCGUCAAAACAGGGGAUCUGGUGAGAGAUGAAGGGAAUAGUAAUAAUAAGGUGAGGAAAGCAGUUGCAGACGAAGAUAGGAGAGGAGAGUCGAUAACUUGUAGGGCAGAAAGGGUGGAGAAAGGAGGGAUAUUGAUAGGAACAGAAAGUGGGAUUUUUGUGCCGGAGAGAUUGAAGGUAGUGAGUCUCAUGGCACUCGUCAUGUGUCUCUGUAAUGCUGACCGAGUCGUCAUGUCCGUUGCCGUUGUUCCUCUUGCUGCUAAAUACGGUUGGAACAGUUCUUUCUUGGGGAUCGUUCAGUCAUCGUUCCUAUGGGGAUAUGUUUUUUCAUCCGCUAUUGGAGGGGCCUUAGUAGACAGGUAUGGUGGGAAGAGAGUCAUGGCAUGGGGUGUGGCUAUUUGGUCUUUGGCCACUCUCCUCACUCCUUGGGCUGCCGAACACUCUGUUGCUAUGUUAUUGGCCGUCCGUGCACUCUUUGGACUCGCAGAAGGAGUUGCUCUACCUUCGAUGAACACUCUCUUAUCUAGGUGGUUCCCAUGCCACGAACGUGCAAGUGCAGUUGGAUUUUCCAUGGCUGGAUUUCAUCUUGGGAAUGUUAUAGGCUUGCUUCUAACUCCUAUUUUAAUGCUGAAACUUGGAAUUUCUGGUCCUUUUAGACUCUUUUCAAUGCUUGGACUACUCUGGCUCACGAUUUGGGCAUAUCGUGUUACAAAUGAUCCAAGGGAAAGUUACACAAUCGAUCAGAUGGAGUUGCGAUUGAUCCAAGCUGGAAAAUCAGAUCCUCUGCUUAACAAUGGCAAACUUCCAUCUUUUCACCAACUCUUCUCUAAGCUACCCACAUGGGCAAUCAUCUUCGCUAAUGUCACUAACAAUUGGGGGUACUUUGUUCUUCUGUCAUGGAUGCCUGUGUAUUUCAAAACUGUCUUCAAUGUCAACUUGAAACAAGCUGCUUGGUUUAGUGCUAUCCCAUGGGGAAUGAUGGCAGCUUCAGGUUAUGUGGCAGGUGCAGCCUCAGAUUACUUGAUCAAAGAAGGCUACUCUACAACACUGGUCCGGAAGAUCAUGCAGUCUAUUGGAUUCAUUGGACCUGGAGUAUCAUUACUCUGCUUGAAUUUUGCAAAGACACCCGCUGCUGCAGCCAUGAUCCUGACUGUUGGAUUGAGCUUGAGCUCUUUCAGCCAAGCAGGUUUUCUCCUCAACAUGCAAGAUAUAGCUCCCCAGUCUGCAGGGUUGCUCCAUGGGAUUGCAAAUUCAUUUGGGACAGCAGCAGCAAUAAUCAGCACUAUUGGAACUGGUUACUUUGUUCAGUGGUUGGGUUCUUUCCAGGCAUUCCUAACUGUAACAGCAGCUCUCUACUUCAUUACAGCAAUCUUCUGGAACCUCUAUGCGACAGGAGAGCGUGUCUUCUAGGCUGGAAAAAAUGUUCAAUAUUAACUGAUUGGUUUGUCAAAUUAGACCAUCUCAAGGAUGAAACAUUUCAGCACCAAAAGAGACUAUACAGGCAAUC